AUGGACAGACACGAAGAUUGCGAGGAAGAUCCAGACUUCAUUGACUCCGACCGCGACUUUGAGUCUGAACAAGAUGACAUCGAAUAUGAUAGAAAUUUUCCUGAAUUCAAUUUUGAUCAGGACAUGAGAAAUCCUCAGUUCGAGGUAGGUCAAAUAUUAAGUUCUACAGCAGAGUUUCGAGAGGCGGUGAGAAUGUACGAUGCACUAAACGGGUCCAAUGUGAAGUUCAAGGCAAAUGAUGAAAGAAGAGUGCAAGGAAUUUGUAAAUUGGGUUGCCAAUGGCGAAUAUGGGCUUCUAGAAUGGAUGCAUCCGAGAGGAUGCAAGUAAAAUCUUAUACAUCUGAGCAUACUUGUAGUCGGGACCAAUUUAAUAGACACUUGAAGAAGGAUCUCCACACAGACAUUAGCAGAAAUGUGGCAUGGAAAAUGCGGAGAUAUGCUAAAGAAAUUUUAGUAGGAAGUUUACAUGAGCAAUUUAGGCGGUCUUAUGCAGCCGAGGUACUACGGACAAAUGUUGGGUCCAUGAUUAUUAUUGCAUUACAGGAGCAAAUCUUUAAGGAGAUCUAUGUAUGCUUAAAUUAUUGUAAGGCAGGUUUUCGAGAUGGUUGUAGAAUGGUGGUAGGUGUUAACGGAUGUCACUUAAGAGGUUCUUUCAGAGGGAUAAUGUUAAUUGCAGUUGGUAUUGACACUAAUGAUUGCAUCUAUCCUGUUGCAUAUGUAGUUGUUGAGAAAGAAAAUACUGCAUCUUGGCGAUGGUUCUUGACAUCUCUCUCUGAGGAUAUUAGUAUUGGAAAUGGAAUGGGAUGA